AUGAGAGUGCCCAUCUGGGUGCAGCUCGCGCUGCUCGUAAGCGCCGUCGCGUUUGUUGCCCUCACCGUUGUCGCUGUGCCGACAUGGAUCUACGUCCAAAGCUUCGUUAUCAACGUCGAAACGGACAGCCUCGCCCUCGCCGCCUCCCUCUAUGCCACCAAGAUUGACUCGCAGCUGCAGCUCCUCAGUACCAUCAGCCGCACUGUCUCGACCCGCAUCCUCAUCCAGCAGUCCCUCGUCAACUACUACAAUGGCAACGCGACAACUACGGACCCGUUUGAGCCGACCGUCACGGACCUGCAGAGCGCACUCGCGACGAGUAGCUUUACUGGCUUGCUGCAGGCCCGCAUCUACUCGCGCAACCAGACCGGCGAGAAUGCCACUGGCCUCAUCAGCGUCACGGGGUCUGGUGUCGGGUCGCAGACGCAAAACAUCCUGCUGCCCUAUCUCACGCCCGCCGGCUCGCCUGUCAACCUGAGCGACACGGAAUUCGGCUAUCCGCCCUCUCUCUACCCCAAUAUUACGUAUGAGACGUUGGACUUUCCCAACCCCUACAUUCCCUCAGAGACCGCCGUGGCUGCUAGUGCCUUUCCCGGCGUCUUGUUGAGUGACAGCCGGGGGCUGCUACUUGGUCCGCUGGCCAUCAACCAAACAUUUUCCCUCAUAUCCCUCACGAUCCCUAUUCGCUCUCUUCGCUCCAACGGCUUUAUUCUUGGCUAUCUUACCCUGGUCGCUGCCGCCAGCUCGUUCCUCGACAUCCAAACUGCCGUAGACGGACUAGGCAGCACUGGUGUCGCGCUCAUCGUCACGCCAAAUGAUCCAUCAAACCGGUUCCCGCCCCCUCUACUACCCUCCAAUGCCACCUAUCUACCGCCAACGGACGCUCUCAGCAAUUACGCGGUUCGCUAUGUCCUGCAGCCGGCCUCGUAUCACGGCCAGACGGACCGCCACACUGAUAAACAAGGGAACUGGGGCAUGCCCUUCAUUCUAUCGCGCUACCCGCUCGUCAACGGGGUCUAUUCCAGCUACAAUGGCAAGCUGAACAACGCCCGUGCAACUUUGACAGCGACAAAUGAACAAGGAUAUUCGGUGGCAGCUGGUGUUGCUCGUCCCCAGACUACGCUAGUUGACUGGACUGUGGUGGUCGAAAAGGCGCGCAGCGAGGCGUACCACCCCAUAUCCCAGCUUCGAAAAAUUCUAGUUGGCUGUGCCUUUGGAACCGCUGGGUUGGUGAUGCUACUGAUUAUACCCUGCGCCUACUUCAGUGUACGCCCUAUCCGCAGACUCAAGAUUGCUACUGAAAAGUCAAUCACUGUGCCCGGAAUCGAUCUCGCGUAUAGUGAUGAUGAGAAAAACGCAGCUAGCUCUGGUGGCACACUUUCCUCGGCUUCCGUUAAAGGCCUGUUCAGGAGCCUCAAAAGACAGUUUACAAAGCCUCAGAGACCACUCACGCAAGCUGAGAUCGAGAGUCAUCGUCGGAUCUUCAAGAUCCCAGGCAGGGUCAAGGAAAGGUCUCAUCUAAUUACGGACGAGGUGACGGAGCUUACAGAAGUCUACAACAAAAUGACGGAUGAGCUUGUGAGACAGUAUACAUCACUCGAUCAACAAGUGGAAAAAAGAACGCGAGAGCUAGAGAUCAGCAAGAAGGCCGCCGAGGCGGCCAACGAGAGCAAAACUCUGUUUAUUGCCAACAUUUCCCACGAAUUAAAGACGCCUCUCAAUGGUAUCAUGGGUAUAUGUGCAGUCUGCAUGGAAGAGAAUGACAUUCUUCACAUACAACAUUCCUUGAAAACACUCUAUAGAUCGGGUGAGCUAUUGCUGCAUCUUCUAGAGGAUCUGCUCAGCUUUUCCAAGCACCAAAUCAGCUCCGAGAUUAAGCUUGAGAAUAAGGAAUUCCGACUGGGAGAGAUUCGUUCCCAAAUUGUUUCCAUCUUUGAGAAACAAGCCCGAGAAAGUAGAAUCGAUCUGGAUGUUGUCUACUCCGGCCACCUACUCGAGGAUCACAAACCACACUAUCUUCUGGUUCAGCAAGGCUCGUCUCGAGCAGCCCGGCCUAAUCGCAUACGGGACAUGUACAUCCUGGGAGACCAGCACAGGAUCCUGCAAGUCAUCAUCAACCUGGUCAGCAACAGUCUGAAAUUUACGACAGCUGGUGGAAAAAUUCAAGUUCGCAUACACUGGGGCGACGAGGCAACGCCAAAGGAGGGCACUCAAAAACUGGCUUCAACAAGCAGCUCGCGCAGUCAUAGUGAGACUAGUCGUGACCGAGCCAGGCCUUCCCCAAAGCCGAAUCCAAAAUCAACAUCCUCAAGUAAUACACACACUGGAGUCAACACACCCGAGGAAAGAGAAGCCAUCGGCAACUCGCUUGUCCAUUUCGAUGGGGACGUCGAGGAAUCGCCGAUUUCCACCGAGGAGACCGGAAGCACAUAUCUCUUCACGUUUGAAGUCGAGGAUACGGGGCGGGGUAUUCCCCUCAACAUGCAAGACAAGAUCUUUGAACCGUUUGUGCAGGUGGACUCGAGUUUCAGCAAAGAAUUUGGCGGCACCGGGUUAGGUCUCAGCAUCUGCUCGCAGCUGGCUAAGCUGAUGGGAGGCACAAUCACUGUGCGAAGCACCGAGGGUCUUGGCUCUACGUUUAGCCUGCAGAUCCCCCUCCGGCAUAUCCCCGAUCGCGCGCCGAGCACGCAUUCGGAGAGCACGAGGCCAAGAUCGAGGGCACCCAGCGCCGGUGGCUCAACGACGGGCGGUGGCGGCGGCAGCUGUCAUCGCAAUUCCCUGAGCAGCGUUCUGGCGCAGGAGCCCGAUCCCACCACGUCGACGAACAACAGCGAAAGCCACCGCAGCGACAUACAGCCACGACUCGUCGGUCUCAGCACACCAUUCUUCCCACCCAACCCGAACCAACCGCCUCCGCCGCCGCCGUCUGGUAACGGCUCCACGACCGUCGUCCCGCCCACCACGCGCGUCGAGACACAAGCCGCCAUUCAAAAAGCCAAAGCCGCCAAGGCCAAGACGUCGGGCCCCGCGUCGUCGUCGGCCAGCAGCGACCUGCGCGUGCUCGUCGCCGACGACAACGCGACCAACAUUGAGGUGGUGCGCCGGAUGCUCAAGCUGGAACAGGUGCUCGACGUGACCAUUGCCAAGGACGGGCGCGAGGCGUACGAGCUGGUCAAGGCCAACAUGGAGCGCAACCACAAGUUUGACCUCAUCUUCAUGGACGUGCAGAUGCCCAACCUGGACGGGAUCCAGUCUACGAGGCUGAUUCGGCAGAUGGGCUACGCGGCGCCGAUUGUGGCCCUGACGGCGUUUUCCGAGGAGAGUAACCGCAAGGAGUGCAUGGAGUCGGGCAUGAAUGAGUUCUUGGCCAAGCCGAUUCGCAGGUCAGCGUUGAAGAGUGUGUUGACGAAAUUUGCAACGAUAUACGAGGAAAAGCCUGAGAAAUUGGAGUAG